UAUCCAAAAGGUACAACAACCAGUCAGAAAUGCAGUUUGUUGUCUUGUUUUUGUUUAGUGUACCUGGAUGUUUUGGGAUCGUGGAAUUUUAUCCUUUUGGAUUUAGUACUGGAGAUGACAAGGUCAGUAAAAAUGACGACGGAAGUUCUCCGGAAAUUCCCAUCUCCACACGGUUCCCAUUCUUUAACCAUCAACACGACCACUUAAUCGUCAACACAAACGGAGUCAUCUCCUUCUUACGUACCGUUUCCACAUUUACCCCGAGUCCAUUCCCACUAGAUGGCGACCGAAGGCUGGUUGCCAUUUUCUGGGCUGAUGUCGACACACGAAAAGGAGGGACUGUGUGGUAUAGAGAGUCAACUGACCAAUCAAUACUGGACAGAGCAACAAACGAAGUCAGAACAUACUUCCCACAGUUCUUCCGUUUUCAAGCCACUUGGGUCUUCCUAGCUACCUGGGAUAAUGUUGCAUUUUACGGAUGUUCUCCCUGUUCGAAGAAAAACACAUUUCAAGAGAUCCUUAUUACCAAUGGUCAGCACUCGUUUACUAUUUUUAAUUACGAUCAAAUUGAAUGGACAACAGGAACAGCCAGCCAAGGAGAUCCAAGAACUGGCCUUGGAGGAACACCAGCUCAGGUCGGUUUUAAUGCUGGAGAUGGCAAAGUGUUUUAUGUUGUGAAUGCAUCUAGAACCCGAGACAUUCUGCAUGUAAACCACAUGUCAAAUAUCGGAAUACCUGGAAAAUUCGCCUUCCGUAUCGAUGCUGCUGAGAUUGGUAAUGGUGGCUGUAAUACACAAGGCAGUCUGCUGAUUUCCCCACGUCAUGGCCCUAUGCUUGGAGGACAAUAUCUGGUGAUUAGUGGUCCAUGCAUGAACCUCGAUGAUGUCAUUCAGAUUAAGUACUCUUAUAUGCAAGAGUUAUUUCCUUGCCAUCGAAAAUCAAAUUACAGUUCCAUUUGUAUCACUCCAAUAUUUAACAUUACUGGUGACAUCACGGUCAACGUCAUCAUUAGAGACAACAAGGGACAGGAACAACACCACACAGGACUCUAUACGAUAGUAAAUCCAGCUGUGUUUAAGAAUCCUGUAAAGAGACACCAGCCUCAAAAUUGGAUCAAUGACCAUCAACAUGUUAUUUCCUGGGACCCGUUUGCGUUUGAAUUAAGAGAAUCUGAACGAGUUCACAUACAUUUGUUUACAAUAAAGGAACAGUCUAACAAUCAGCUUGUGUGGGAGAAAUCCACAUUGCAUGAUAACAUAGCGAGAACUCUUGGAACCUAUACCAUUCAGCUUCAAACAGAAGGGUAUAUGGCAGCAAUCCGUGUCACUGCUGCAAUGGAAACGGACACUGACCUGUCAGAAAGAGGAAUUUGGUCAGAAAUCUUUGCAGUUGUUCCACAGCACCAAAAAUCACAGCGGUUCUGUCAAAACUGGCUGAGACAUGAGUAUCAUCUUUCAAGGGUAUCUUCGCAAAAUAUUCCACCCUGUCCUUGCACACUACAACAGGCUUUGAUGGACACGGCUCGGUACCAACCUGAUCCCGACUGUAAUAUGGUAACAAAGAUCAGGGAUGGUAACUUCAAUUGCCUGUACAGAGCAGAUGCAAAGCACUGUGUUCGACUCAGCGUUCCUGGACCUCGGAACAGCGACAAUGUGUGUUGCUACGACUUCAGCGGCAAUCUGAUCGACACCCGUGUAAAGGAAGGCGGUUCUCUACAACGUUACCACUACUUAGGAGGAGAGAGAAAUAUUCCCUAUGUUAGCAACUUCUACUAUGAUGUGCUCCCUUUCCUCCACUGCUGUAGAUAUUAUGGUACCAGCUCAGAUGUUGGACUGGGUGGACACUCUCUUUAUUCAGAAUGCCAAGAUUAUUUAGAGUUUAGAAAAGUUAGUUCCUGUUACAACUACAUCCCGCCACGUCCAGCCGGUGCCAAUGGUGAUCCCCACAUAAAAACUUUGGAUGGAUUUGGCUACAACUUCAACGGGCUUGGAGAAUUUCAUUUCAUUAUAUCUAAGAAUAUGUCAUUUGAGAGCCAAAUCAGAUUUGAACAGGCAAAGCAUAGUAAUGGCAAUACAGUCAACGCCAGCGUCUGCACGUCUUUUGUGGCUCGUGUUACAAAUGCAUCUGAUACAGUAGAAGUGAUUCUGAAUUCUAUCAGAGUGGCGGAUGUCCUUAUCAACGGGCAGAUACAGGACUUUAGUGACGUGUCCUGGUUGAGAUAUGAUGGUACGUCCAUCCAAACACUUACCUCCUCUACCUUUGCACUUUUUUAUCAAAUGAACCCCUUUAUCAGAUAUACCUAUCAACAAAUAGAAGCAAUUAGUACAAUAAAUGGACUUCUUGGGGAUUUCGAUGGAAACCCAUCUAACGACCUACUCUUACCAAAUGGUACCGUUUUAGAACCAAACGCAACGGAGGAAACAAUUUUCUUUUCUUUUAAUAAUGCAUGGAGAAUCGAGAGGAAUGAAUCUUUGUUCACAUAUCCCAACGGAAAAUCAUACGACGAUUAUAAUAACUAUUUCGUUAGAAUGUUUCGUCCAGUAUUUUCGUCAUCUGUUAUUCAUUCUGCUACACCAAAUGCUAGAGCUCUAUGCGGCAACAACACAGACUGUCUGUUUGACUUCCACAUUACUGGAUCCCUGGAGAUCGCACAGGCCACCCUAAACUUCACAGACGAACUACAAGAUGCAGAAGAUGCAUCUGUGCCAGUGAUCACGUGCCCGGUUCUUGAAUCUAUAAAAGGCGGGGUUUGGAUAUCAAACAGUACACAAGAAAAUGCUACAGCCAGGUUCAAAUGUGGAAUGGACUACUUACUUAUAGGGAAUUGUCUACCAAAAACGUGUAAAAAUGGAAAAUGGACCCAUGAACAGAAAUGUCUAUGUGAAAAAAUAACCACCACGACACUGCCCUCCACUCCUCAAAUGAUAACUCCAUACAGUACUGCUAUGUUGAAGACGGUGUAUGACACAGUCAAAAUGAUGUGGUACACUGUUGGUGGGGGUAUUGUCAUCAUCAUAAUCAUCGUCUUCAUCACGUCCCUGUUAAUUUGCUUUAAAAUGAGAUCAGGAAGGGAGUAUAUGGAAACUAACAAGGGUACUCCAUCUUAUUCUGAGAGCUCUAAUGGGUACAAGAGAAGAACUGGGAGACCCCCUAGACCACGUGGUAGCUUCUCCAGUCGUUCCGAGUUAAGUGGGCGGAGUUUGCCUCGUUACAGUGUCCAUGACAACAGAGCAUUCGGUUACAUGGAAGCUGAGGAUAGAUACGUAGAUGUCCCGCCACAAGAACACCGACGUCACGAUGUUCUCUACUAGUCAGUGGACACGGAGAUUGACUUGUUAUGUUACCAGUCCACUACUCUAUAGCUCAUAGCAAUCAUUCAAAAUUUUUAAAAUUAUGUACAUUUACAUAUUUCCGAAAUAAUGAAAAAUUGGAAGAUUUUACAUGUGCUUUAGAUAUCUAUAAUGCGCCUGAUGGACAUUUUAUUUAUUCAAAACAAGUAAUUC